CACCCUUACACACCUAAAACACAAUCUACACUGGGUCGCAAUGCGCGACUCAAGACUUCUGCUGCUUACUUUGGAUUAACUUUCGCGACUAGAACUUUUCACCCUUACAACCUACUGCAAUUCAAACUGCUGAAAGUGAAUCUUGUUGAGUUUUUGUGUAUAGGCGAUGUGCGCGCAUGUGUGAAUGUGUGUACGAAACGAAGCUACGCUACCUGUUCUGUCUUACUUUGGAUGGGAAUAUUUUGGGCUGAAAUUUAGUGUUUUUCUUGGACUUAUUUUGGGAGAAUGAUGGAGAAACUGGACUGUCUCGUGGCCUUAUUCAUGUCAACAUCAGGCGCUAAUGAAGAUGAGUUGGGCGCUGAUGAGAGGGAGCUCGUGCAGCUGGUCUGGCAGGUCGUGGAUCUGGAAAGCAAUACGACGGGGGAGAUAAAUGAGAUUGUGGUCCGACCAGAGGUGGAGGACUUGGAUCCUGACAUCUUACAGCAGGCAGGACUAACUGCGCAGAGAGUUCAAGCCGCAGAACCGCUGGAACAGGCCAUCAAACAGUUUAACAGUUGUCUGAGUGCAGAAGUGAACCAACGACAUUUCUGUUUCUGCACGGAUGGACAGAGACACAUACGACAGGUCAUUCAUCCAGAGACCUCCAAAAAGAACAUUUUGCUCCCCACAAGUUUUUACUCCUUCUUUGAUCUGCGCAAAGAAUUCCAGAAGACUCUCCCCUCCCUGGUCAAACAAAACGAGCUGGACCUGUCAUUUAUGUGCGACCAUCUGAAUGUAUGUGUGGACUCCUCUCUACCGUUUGCUGCUUCCAAGAUUCAGCAGAUAGUCAAAAUCAUCCAGGCUUUGAAUACUGAGCCUGUGUGCCAUCAGUUUUCCAGUCCUGAAACUGUGAAUAUGAAGUUUGAGAUUGGAACAUACAGUCGUUUGGAGUGUGUGGAUGACAACAUGGUGAUCAGGGCGCGGGGGCUCCCAUGGCAGGCCUCAGACCAGGACAUUGCUCGCUUCUUCAGAGGACUCAACAUUGCCAAAGGUGGAGCAGCACUGUGUUUGAACGCCCAGGGCCGCAGGAACGGGGAGGCAUUGGUUCGAUUUGAGUCUCAGGAGCACAGAGACCUGGCCUUACAGAGACACAAGCAUCAUAUGGGAAACCGAUACAUUGAGGUGUACAAAGCCACAGGAGAGGACUUCUUGAAAAUUGCUGGUGGAUGCUCAAGUGAGGUAGCUCACUUCCUGUCUGGAGAUGGCCAUGUGAUUGUGCGCAUGCGUGGGCUCCCCUUCAGUGCCACGACCCAGCAGGUGCUGCAGUUCUUCUCAGGGCCCCAAGCAAUGGAUGCCAAAGGAGAGGGAGUGUGCCAGGUGAAAGGGCCCACUAGCGGGGGAUGCCAGGUUGCAGGUGGCACUGCGGGGAUCCUGUUGGUCCGCUACGCUGAUGGGCGGCCCACGGGCGAUGCCUUUGUGUUGUUCUCGACGGAGGAGCAGGCUCAGCUGGCCCUGAAGAAGCACAAGCAGCGCCUCGGGAAACGCUACAUUGAGCUGUUCAAGAGCACAGCUGCUGAGGUCACACAGGUUUGCAACAGGUUCUCCUCAACGCCUUUGAUUUCAAUGGCACCUUCUCCACUGGUUUCUAUGAUGGCAUCACCCUUGGCAACUGGAGUGUUGCCCUUAGCAACAGGUGCAUUUCCAUUGACAACGGCCAUUCGUGACUGUGUGCAUUUGCGAGGUUUGCCCUACGACACAACCAUACUGAACAUUCUAGAGUUCUUGGGGGAAUUCACCGCAGAUAUUGCACCACACGGAGUCCACAUGGUGCUUAACGCACAGGGCCGUCCGUCUGGCGAGUGCUUCAUCCAGAUGUCCUCUCCGGAGCGAGCCUUCCUGACCGCACAGCGGUGUCACCGCCAUCUGUUAAAGGAGCGUUGUGUCGAGGUGUUCCCGUGCUCCAAUGAUGACAUGCGUCUUUUACUGAGGGGCGGGUUUAUGUGCCCAAGUGGGCGGGGCUUGUCCCCACCACCAUGUAAGUUACGGCGUGUCUCCAACCCCUCUUACUUUCCACAUAUGGGGAUGAUGCUUCCCAUGGAAGCAUCUCUUUAUCCAGCCCACUUCCUGGUCAACACGCCACAUCCACUGCCCUUUUACACUGCCUACUACCCCAGUCCCCCAGGCUCCCCGCCGCCACAGGGCUUCUACCCAUCAGUAUCCUCCCAGUGCCACACCUUACCUGCACCUGCACACGCCCUUCCCAGCACAGUCAACCAGUAUUCACCUGCUGAUGGCCUCUCACACACAUUUGAGCACACCCACCUCACCCACCCUAAAGAAUGGGUCAACAACAAUGACGUCCUAGUUACAGUUCCUGCCUUACUCUCGGCCAAGCAGCCGGUCACAGAGCAGAGUCUGGGAGUUGGAGCUUUGCUGGACCUGCAGAUGUCUUGGAACAGGACAUAAUAUUAAGGACAGCUGAAUACAUUGAACAGUAGCUGUGCAUUUUGUAUUUGUGCUCUUAGAUAUAUUCAUUUAGUUAUUUAUGCAGAACUGUUAAAGAUGAAAAUCUUUAAAAUUCAAAAAAAUGAAAUUCUCCAACAAAAUACCUACAAAACAAUGGCAUGCCUGAAGGACCAUAGUGGACAGUUGAUCCCUGUCUUCUGUGCAUGUGUGUGUGGGACACACAGCAGUACUGGAGAAAAUGGCUUGCAGAAUUACAUCAUCAUUUUAAGUCUAGAGAAGCAUUUUAUUGUUUUGACAGCAGCUACUUAUUGCACCUAAAACACCAAAAUGUCUAAAAUGUGUGUGUACUGUGUGUGUGUGUGUGAGAGAGAGAAAGAGAGAGCGAGAUAGAUUGAGAGAGUAAAGAGUCCAUGUUUACAUGUUUGUCCUCAACAAGUAGUUAGCAUGAAAAUCUAGUUAUUUUCUAAUGUCUGAUGUGUUUCACCAAGUUCUCAGGGAACUCCAGGAGUUGUCCUCACAGCAAAUGCACAUUACCUCCAGAUGUAACAGGUUCCUUAUGCAAAGUGACCAAAAACUACACACACAGCAUACUCUCCUCCCAGUCUGUGUGCUUGCAAGGAAGCAGCCCUGAGUGCGGUGAAGGUAACUUGCUCUACAAAUUGAGCUGCAGAAAGGUUAAAAGAGACGCAAUCCAGGAGGCCUAGAUAAUUCAUAAUUGUAGACCACAUAAUACUUAUGUGUUUCAUUACAGAAUAUCAUAGUAUACCACUCUGUAUGUGCCUGUGAGACAGUUGGACAGAAACAUGAUCUGAUUAUAGAAUAUAUUUUAAGUACAUCUUUUGUAUGUCUGUCUAUUUUGAUUUUUAAUUUGAUUUUGUAGCUUUUAGGUCUUUGAAUUGGCUUUUAUGUAAAAAAAAAAAAUCUUUCCUUUGUGAAUGAAGAUGUUACAUUUUUCUUGUGUUUACAAUGUCUGCCAAAUUUAAAUGCACUGUUGAUUCAGAAAUUCAUCAUGCUUCAUGUUUGUGUGUCUCUGAAAACAAUGCUUGCCAUCAAUUCCAACAUUAAAAUAUCAGGCAGUACAGUACUCCAAACAGCGGAUUCCAAAAAUCACAAGUGGAUCAUGAUGUGAAUGAGCUCCUCUGAUCAACAAAGAACUUCCCACACCCAGAGCAGUGUGUAUGUCUAAAUUGGGAGCAUAUUGUAUGUAGGUGUGCUUUUAAAGUGUGUCUGCAUCUGUGUAAGGCUUCCUUCUGUACAUUACAGUAGAUGAGUAAGUUGAAAUAUAACACAAUGUGAUGUAAUUUGACCCAGAACCUAAAUAAAGAAACUGAAGCUGAAA